AUGUCAGGAGCGAGCCUGGCAGCGGUGGGCGGACCUAAGGCUGGGCGCUCGGCUCCGCUCCCGCCUGUAGCGCAGGCAGCCGCCCGCUCCCCCCGCCACUCGCCGCCGAGCCGAGCCCGCUGCAGUCCUCUCCGGGCGGCAUGCCCGUGGCCCGAGGAGCAGCGGCCGGGACUGGACGCGCCGAUCUCCGCGGAGCAGCCGGCCAGGGCUCCGCUGCUGGCCCUGCUGCUGGCCGCGCCCGCCGCCGGGCCCCCUCGGGCCAAGGGCAACCGGACGCAGGGCGCGGCCCGCCGGCCGCCCCGCCCGCCCAAGGAGCUGAACCAGACGCUGGCCGGGCCCGGGGCGGCCGCAGCGCCCGGGGCGGUGAGCGGGGGCGGCGGCGGGACGGCCCCGGGCCCGGCGUACGAGACGUGCUGGGGCUACUACGACGUGAGCGGGCAGUGGGACAAGGAGUUCGAGUGCAACAACAGCCAGAGCGGGUUCCGCUACUGCUGCGGCACCUGCUACUACCGCUUCUGCUGCAACAAGCGCGCCGAGAAGCUCGACCAGGGCCAGUGCCGCAACUACCAGAGCCCCGGCUGGAUCACCACGCCCGGCCUGCGCCCCGCGCCGCCCGACGGCAACCAGCCCGACAAGUACGACCCGGCCAAGGACAGCACCAACGCCACGGUCUACAUCUCCUGCGGCGCCGUGGCCUUCGUGCUGGUGGCCGGCGUCUUCGCCAAGGUGGCCUACGACAAGGCGCGGCGCCCGCCCCGGGAGAUGAACAUCCACAGGGCUCUGGCAGACAUCCUGAGGCAGCAGGGGCCAAUCCCAAUAGCACACUGUGAAAGAGAGACUAUCUCGGCCAUAGAUACCCCUCCCAAAGAAAACACGCCUGUCCGAACAUCCUCCAAAAACCACUACACCCCUGUGCGCACCUCUAAAAGCAACCCAGGUCACUAUGGGAAGGAUAUUUAUCGAAGUGGAGGGCCAGAUCUCCAUAAUUUCAUCUCCUCCGGGUUUGUCACAUUAGGAAGAGGACACGUGAAGGAAAAACCACGGAUGAACAAUAUCCUCACUUCCGCCACGGAGCCCUAUGAUCUCUCCUUUUCCAGGUCCUUCCAGAACCUCUCCCAUCUCCCGCCAUCCUACGAGGCUGCAGUCAAGACUAACCCAAGUAAAUAUUCUUCUCUGAAGAGAUUAACUGACAAAGAAGCUGAUGAAUAUUACAUGAAGAGGAGACACCUUCCUGAUCUGGCAGCACGAGGGACCCUCCCUCUCAAUGUCAUCCAAAUGUCUCAGAAACAGACCAACCACAGAGAACGGCCCCGCCGACCCAUACGGGCUAUGUCCCAGGACAGGGUGCUGUCCCCUGAGAGGGUCAUGCCCGAGGAGUUCAGCAUGUCCUAUGAACGGAUCCUCUCUGAUGAACAGCUUUUGUCCGCAGAGCGCCUCCAUUCCCAAGACCCCCUGCUCUCCCCGGAGCGCACGGGUUUCGCAGACCAGUCCAUGUCGCGCGCAUUGUCACACACAGACGUCUUUGUUUCUACGCCUGUCUUGGAUCGCUACAGGAUGACAAAGAUGCACUCCCAUCCCAGUGCCUCAAAUAACUUGUACAAUACCUUAUGUAUGAACCAAACUUCCGCCAAGCGCCAAGCAUUCGCCUCCCGACGGCACAACACAGUGGAACAACUGCAUUAUAUCCCAGGACACCACCACCAUUACCGCACAGCGAGCAAAACAGAGGUGACUGUUUGA